AUGGCGGCAGUGUUAAGACAAAAGGAGCCUGAGUUGCACGUCCAGGUCAUUGACCGUGCAAGGGUGCCCAUCAUCAUGGUUUCGACGAGCGACCAUGUGGCUUCUCUCGACCUGUCCAUCAACCGAAAGCUUCCAGACGAGCACGUCUCCUGGUUUCAGAACUUGCAAGUCUUCAAGGAGGAGCACGAACUUGUGGUGGAUUUCUUGAGAUGUAUUAAAUUCUGGCACUCGCGACGCCAGAUACCUGGUACGAAAGAGGGCGGUUAUCCGAUUCUGGCUUGGAUACUUUUUGCAGUCCAACGGCUGCAAGACUUUGUGUCUCAAGAAGCGACAUGCUUGAACAACUUGAACCACCUCCAGCGACUUCUGGCUGCACUGGACUAUUUCUUCCAGUCCUUGGAUUGCCACGCUGCAGCGGAACGGUCCUCGCACUCGCGGCUUUGGCCGUUCCCGUGCAUCUUGGACCCUGUGGCGACAAACGCCGGAAAUGCGGCCUUGACUCAUGACAUCCCAGUAGCAACGCAGCUUCUGUACGCAGACGAGUUCCUGAGAGCUCGGGCACUUGUGCGUGCGGCUGUCUCUGGUGAUGGAACAAUUGAAAGGCUCUUUGAAAACGAGUCCUCCACUUUGCUCCCAGCUGACGGAGCCUGCGGAGCAUUCAUCUUCAAAAGGCAGAAGAUAUGGCUUGUGGAGGUGAAGUCCGUGAAGCUGCGGGAUAAUUGGACUGCUCCCUUCCUCCAUCGCUGCGAUUCACAGACGGAGCUGCAAGGAUGUCUUCUGAGUGUUGACGGCACGGGGGCUGUGCAGCGCUUCCCGGAACUGCGGCAGCGGUUAACGUUUACUCCUUCCGACUUUGUGGUGUGUGCACAGCUUGAGUGCAUAGCAGAGGGCGCAGCAGGUAAUCCCGGCAAGGCUUCCUCGGUGCCCUCGAGCAUGCGGCUACCGCACUGUGACCUGCGACGAUGGCAGGAUCUGCACAAGUUGCUGCUGCUCAUCCCAUGA